AUGGCCUCCCAGAUCUUUUACCACUUUGCUGAACUUCUGUUCAAGGAGAAACCUCAUCAGGACGCGUUUAUGGUUCCAGAUGUCAUAACCAAAUUCUACCAGCACACCCUUGCCCUGGCCUUUGCUGUGAAGGAGAUCAAUGAGAAUUCCCACAUCUUGCCCAACGUCACACUUGGGUUCCACAUCUAUGACAGUUAUUAUGACGCAAGGAUGACUUAUCGGACCACCCUCGACCUGCUCUUCAAAUCCAAGAGAUUUGUCCCCAACUACAAAUGUGACAUCACGAAAAACCUCAUAGCUAUCAUUGGAGGACUUGGUUCUGAUACUUCAGCUUAUAUGGCAGAUAUUGUAGGCUUAUACAAGAUUCCACAGCUCCACCCAUUUCUUCAAGGUAUUUCGUUCAACAACUCAGCUGGAGAAAAAGUGUCCUUGAAUGAUAAUGGGGAAAUGGAAAGUGAGUUUGAUGUCAUAAACCUGCUAACCUUUCCAAAUGUCUCCUUCAAGAGGGUGAAAGUUGGAAGGAUGGAUCUAGAAGCUCCUAAAGGGAAAGAAUUAAUCAUUCAUGGGGAUAUAAUCACAUGGCACAAAAAGUUUAAUCAGGUCCUUCCCAUUUCUCUGUGCAAUGAACUCUGUCAGCCUGGUUUUCAGAAAAGAGCAAAGGAGGGGGAAAAAUUCUGCUGCUAUGAUUGUGUUCCAUGCCCGGAAGGAAAGGUCUCCAAUAAGACAGAUGAGCACGAUUGUUUCCAAUGCCCAGAAGAUCAAUAUCCAAACCAAGAAAAAAAUGGAUGCUUCCCCAAAACCAUUAGCUUUUUGUCUUAUGAAGAUCCUAUUGGAAUGAGUUGCCUCAGUUGCUUUUCUUUCUCCCUCAUCACAAUCUGGGUACUUGGGAUUUUUAUUAAGCACAGAGACACCCCCAUAGUCAAAGCCAACAAUCGGGACCUCACCUACACUCUCCUUGUCUCCCUGUUGCUCUGCUUCUUGUCUUCUUUCUUAUUCCUCAGCCAACCUGGGAAAGUGAUUUGUCUCCUCCGACAACCAGCUUUUGGCAUCAUUUUCUCAGUGGCUGUUUCUUGUGUGUUGGCCAAAACCAUGACAGUGGUGGUAGCUUUUAAGGCCACCUUGCCAGGGUCCAAUCUGAAAAGGUGGUUGGGGAAAAGACUGGCCCUUUCCAUUGUCCUUUCAGGUUCUCUGCCUCAAGCCGGCAUUUGUACUGCUUGGUUGUCAAGCUCUCCCCCAUUCCCUGACUUGGACAUUCACUCUGUCACUGAGGAAGCUAUUGUGUAUUGCAGUGAAGGGUCAGUGUCCAUGUUCUACUGUGUGCUUGGCUAUCUGGGCCUCCUGUCUCUUGCCAGCUUUGUUGUGGCUUUCCAAGCCCGCAAACUCCCCAACAGCUUUAAUGAAGCCAAGUUCAUCACCUUCAGCAUGUUGGCCUUCUGCAGUGUGUGGGUGUCCUUUGUUCCAACCUACCUGAGUACCAGGGGAAAUGCCAUGGUGGCUGUGGAGGUCUUCUCUAUCUUGGCAUCCACUACUGGAUUACUGGGGUGUAUCUUUUUCUCUAAAUGCUACAUUAUUCUCUGGAGGCCCGAAUUAAAUAACAGAGAGCAAAUGAUAAGAAAAUAA